GCAUCCGAAGCACGUCUCUACACCUUUAGCCCCGAAACCAAAGCCGCACUCCGCAAGUUCCGUCUAGGGACCUCGAGGGCAAAGGACCCGCAAGCCAUAAUCUACCAAAUCGACAAAAAGACCUUGGAAAUCUCAAAGGCAGACGAUGAAACAUACACCGAUUUGAGCAUCCUAGGCGAAGAGCUGCCCGACCACUCGCCCAGGUUCAUCUUGCUGAGCUACCCCUUGACAAUGGCUUCCGGUCGUCUAUCCGUACCUUACGUCAUGCUCUACUACCUCCCCGUCACCUGCAACAGCGAGCUCAAAAUGGUAUACGCCGGAGCAAAGGAACUCAUGCGCAACCAAGCAGAAGUCGGUCGCAUCAUCGAGAUCGACAGCGCCGAAGAGCUAGAGGAGAUUGAAGAUCAGCUGAGA